AGGAAUUGUUACCAUCACUGGAGGUCUAUCUCCACUCACCUGGAUGAUGCAGACUACUCAGCCCUCCGCUUGUUGUCCCGCCAGUCUUUUGCUGCCAGCUAAGAACGAGAAAGGAAGGAGCAACAGGGCGCUAUUCUAAGUCGUGCUCGCUCAUCUUUGGAGAUGAAUCACAAAACGGCUGAAUACAGCGUGGAAUAUACCGUAGGUGAAAAUGAUGAGAACUCUGACAUAGAAAAGGAAUCUGAUGAGAGUUCCUCUGAAACCUCCAACAGUUCUGACUCGGAGGAAGCAGCUCUACCUCCCCCCAUUGAAAAUGGAGUAACCUGCCAAAAGUGUGGCCGGGGACCCUUCAGGUCCGUGAAGCGGCAUUUGCUUUACUGCCAUGGGGUGCAGGAAAAGUUCCAGUGCAUUUUGUGCAAGCUUUUCUUUUUUAGUGAGGAGACACUCCGAGAACACCACAUGCCUCUGUAUUUAUGUCACAGCUGUGGGCAGGUACUUCCCACCAAGAACUCAUUCAACCAGCACCCGUGUAGAGGAGCCAAAUCCACUUUGGUGCUCUUCUGCUCUGAGUCGAUGCCCAAAGCGUGCAACUUAUGCAAGUCCUUUUUCUCCUCUGAUAAAACUUUGUCAAUCCAUCUCACCAAAGUUCACUCUUCUGUUAUCAAAACCAAACGCAUCUUUGUUGCAUGUUCAUCGUCAUUGACAGAAGCCGGAGAUGCACAGAAGGAAGCUGUUAGCAGGAAUCUCUGUGUCGACGAAGCUCCAGACACUCAGGACUCGAACGUAGACGCUCCAACAACGCUCUCUAUCCUAGCCCUUUUUGAGAAUGAGAGCCGACAGUGGGAUCUGAUGAAGCGGAUGAACACAGGAUGGCGCUCCAAGACCCCCUGUCCCUGCAGGCAGUGCGGCGCCAUCUUCCGGCAGCCCUCCUUCGCCAUCAGCCACCGCUACCUUCAUCGAGGCCAGCGCUCACACCUCUGCCAGUGCGGUCGAGCUUUUAGGCACCAGCUGCAUCUCCUGCGGCACUGCGUUCAGCACGCUGAGGCUUUGAGCUACAUCUGCGUUGGCUGCGGGGACACUUUCUCCGGAGCAAAACAUUUAACACGGCACCUAACAGGCAAACAGUGGAAACAGUCUCAGUGUGGAGAGAGGGUGAAAGAAAGUAGGGAGAGAAAGUGCAGGAUGCCUUUUAUGUGUAUCUGCGGCCUGGUGUUUUUGAGGCCCUCGGCCUACAUAUGGCACCAAAUAAGAAACAGAGCUGAAACAAAGAGCCACUGAAGAAAUGAGAUAUCCCAUAAAAAAUAAGUUCUGUUUUAUUUUUUAUUUAAAAUACCACUAUUGAUCAAAAGGGGUUACAAUUUGUCCGUAUUUGGUUUUGGUUUCUCCUGUUCUGUCAAACACAGCUCUGCAUGGGUUUGAGGUUUUCAUCACCUUUAUAAUAAAGUGCUUCAUUAAAAAAACUGCAAUUUUUGUGUUUUUAUUUG